AUGGGUGACCUUCCGGAAAGUGGUUUCCGAAACCGUGUGAUUGCUCAUGUUCGGGUCCAUGCAGUGAGAUGGACGGAGCUCCUAGAGGUCGUGGCGCGAGAGGGCGCGGUGCUAGAGGUCGUGGUGGCAGAGUUGGCCGUGGCGGCAGAGCUGGUGGUAGAGCUGGAGGCCGAGCAGGCCGAGGUCGUGGUCGUGGACUUCCGGAGGAGUCGGGAGAGAGUGUGCGCACCGAGUGUGCAUACUGCGUCGGUGACCCAGUCAGUUCCGUUGGCGGGUGAUGCCAGUGCGAGUGUUGGUUUGGGAGCGGGGGCUGCUCCGGGUGGGGGUGGCGCUCCGGCUCCGGGUCGUGAUGACUUAGUGGUGGGGUUGCUGACGCAGCUGUUGGCUCGUUUUCCGCCGGUGGUUCCACAGGGGGCUCCAGGAGUACCGCCAGUGGCAGAGGUGCAGCAUGUUGCUGCAGCGUUGCGCAGAGGCUGUGGGUGCGGGUGUGACCGUUAUUUGGAGUUUAUGGGCCACAUGCAGAGGAUUGGUACGCCUUUCUUCGAGGGCAGAGUUGGUCCGGAGGAGGCAGACGCGUGGCGUCAGAGAGUGGAGCGGAACUUUCAUUCGAUCCGUUGUCCUAUGGAGUACUGGGUGGAGUUAGCGGUCCACUAUUUGAGUGGCGAUGCUCAUUUGUGGUGGCAGGCCGCGGUGGGCCGGAGGGCAUUUUGGACUUGGGGCGACUUCCUUGUGGAGUUCAACGCCAAGUAUUUCCCGAGGCAGGCUCGUGAUCGUCUUCAGAUGCGGUUUAUGGACAUUGAGCAGGGUUCGCGUACUGUACGCGAGUAUGAUGAGGAGUUCAGCCGUCUGUUAGUGCAUGCGGGCUUUGGUAUGGAGGCUGAGCAUCAGUUGACGAACAGAUUUCUGGAGGGACUUCGCAAGGAUAUCCGGACGCUAUGCAGAGUAGUAUGCACACUUCGAGGGCGAGUCUGCAGUUGCUUCUGCUACCCAGCCUCGGGGUCAGCAUCAGCAGCAGCAGCAGCGCAGAGGUGGUUCGAGUUUCAGUUCUGGUUCUGGCAGGGGCGGUUUGCCUGCGCAGGGUCAGAAGAGGAGUCGAGAGAGAGUUUUCUGGUGCUAGUCAGUUUACUCGAGGUGCUUGUUACCGUUGUGGGAGUACGGAGCAUCGUGUUUCGAGUUGUCCCUAGGAGAGAGGCGGUCAGGACCGAGGGUGUGUUAUCUUGCAAGGAGCCUGGGCAUAUCAAGCCGGCGUGUCCUAAGUUGCAGAGUAUGUCGGUGGCAGCGAUUCAGCCAGUAGCGGCUCAGCCGGUGAGUCAGAUUGCGCGGUGCAGCCGCGGGUCAGAUUGCACCGGCACCGCGGGGUUACUCUUCAGUGGAGACUGGCGGGACAGUCAGACCGGGCAGAUCACAGGGACCUUGUUAGUGGGCGGUUUUGAGUCCCACGUUUUAUUCGACUCUGGAGCAUCGAAUUGCUUCAUUACACCGGAGCGUGCCGAGAAGAGUGGCAUCCGGAGUAGCGCGGGCGAGAGCGCGGGCAUGGUCAAGGUGGCGGGAGGUGGAUUCUUGUCUACUUUGGGCCGUGCUAGAGGAGUCGAGAUCGAGAUUGCGGGGCAGUCAAUGCCAGCAGACUUAGUCAUCAGUCCGGUGGAGCUGUAUGACGUUAUUCUCGGGAUGGACUGGUUGUCACACUACAGAGUUCAUCUGGAUUGCUACAGAGGUAGAGUGGUCUUCGAGCGAGAUGCAGGGAGGUUGGUUUAUCAGGGAGUGAGACCGACUUCCGGGAGUAUUGUGAUAUCUGCUAUUCAGGCCGAGCAGUUGUUAGAGCGGGGCUGUGAGGCGUAUCUGGCGACGAUUUCUAUGUCUGAGUCAGGAGCUGGAGUUGUUAUGGGAGAUAUUGAGGUUGUCCAGGAUUUUGAGGAUGUCUUUCAGUCACUGAAGGGAUUACCACCAUCUCGGUCUGAUCCUUUCACGAUUGAGUUAGAGCCGGGGACAGCACCGAUAUCGAAGACGCCUUACAGGAUGGCGCCAGCUGAGUUGGCAGAGCUGAAGAAGCAGAUAGAGGACCUUUUGUCUAAGGGGUUCAUUCGACCGAGUGUUUCACCGUGGGGAGCACCGGUGUUGUUUGUGAAGAAGAAGGAUGGCAGUUUCAGACUUUGUAUCGAUUACAGAGGUCUUAACCGAGUCACUGUGAAGAACAGGUACCCACUCCCGAGGAUUGAUGAGUUGUUGGAUCAGUUGAGGGGUGCUACUUGGUUCUCCAAGAUUGACUUGGCAUCGGGGUAUCAUCAGAUCCCGAUAGAUGAGGCAGAUGUCAGGAAGACUGCUUUCAGGACGCGUUAUGGGCAUUUUGAGUUUGUGGUUAUGCCUUUCGGUUUGACUAACGCGCCGGCAGCCUUCAUGAGAUUGAUGAACGACGAGGAGCAUGCGACUCACUUGAGGUUGGUUCUGGAGAAGCUUCGGGAGCAGAAGCUUUUUGCUAAGUUGAGCAAGUGCAGUUUCUGGCAGCGAGAGAUGGGAUUUCUUGGCCACAUUGUUUCUGCAGAGGGAGUUUCUGUGGAUCCGGCUAAGAUUGAGGCUAUCAGAGAUUGGCCUAGACCUAGUAGUGCCACCGAGAUCAGGAGUUUUCUGGGUUUGGCAGGAUACUACAGGAGGUUCGUCAAGGGGUUUGCUACCAUGGCGCAGCCGAUGACGAAGUUGACCGGGAAGGAUGUCUGA